CAAAAUUAACCAUAUUCUACAGGAGACGAAACAAACCAAAACAGAGGGCUCCCACACACAGACUCGAAGGGUUCACCGGCUUAGCCAUGGACUCCACCCCUCUCCCUGAACCUGAACCUGAACCCGAAACCCAACCCAUCUUCCACCAACGCCUCUCCCCCAAAUCCCAUUCUUCUUCUUCUUCUUCUGCCUCCAAACUUCCAAUUAAACGCAAAACCCCCUUUUUACUCACUACCGCCCCAUCCAUCGUCGAUCCCGAUUCAACCUCCAUCACUACCGUCGAUUUCGACUCUAAACCUCCUCCUUUCAAAUUCCACCGGAUCUGGACCGAACCCGACGAGAUCCGAUUCCUUCAAGGCCUCCUCGAUUCCGUUUCCGAUGGCCUUUCUUUCCCUCGCGACUUGCCAAUUUUCUACCGCAAAUUCUCUAAAACGACGUCGCAUCCUUACUCGAAAUCCCAACUAUCUGAAAAACUACGUAGAUUGCGUAAGAAGUUUCGUGUAAUCUCUUCGCGUCUCGCUCGUGGCCUUAAUCCUUCUCUUUUGUCUCCUCACGACCGCUCCCUUUUUGACCUGUCGAAUAAGCUAUGGAGCCCUGAAUUCGCAUCUGUUUCACCUUUCAGUGCUAAUAAAACCAAUUCUAAUGAUUCCAAUUUGAUUGGAGUUAGGGUUAGUUUCUCUCCGGUUUUGCCUGUGGAUUUUGGGCCUUUGGAUUUGGAUGAUGGGUUUGAUGAUGGGAAUAUUAUCAAGACGAGUGAAGCUCGAGAAGGGAAGGAUUGUGGAGUGGAGAGGAGUACAGUGGCUAAAAGCGUUUUGAAUGUGUUUGAUGAAUGUCUAAAAGAGUUUCAGAUGGUUAUUGCUAGAGAAAGCUUGAGAUAUUCCGGUGAUUUUAAGGGUUUCGAAAGUAGAUUCAGAGAGCAAAGAGUUGCAGAAAUGGAUGUUCUGGCUCAGCGAUUAAGGUUGGUUCUCGAGAACUCUGUUAAUAGACAAUCAAAAUGAUAACUUUGUUAGUAGAAUUGAUUCAUCCGUUACUGCUUUUUUGUUUUCAUAUUUUAAACUUGUAUAUCCUCUUUAAUAUAUCAAUACAUAUAUACAUAUACCCAAUGGGCUAAAUUUUUUAAGUAAUUAGUUGUAAACAUAAUUAAAUUAAUGAGAUUGAACUAGUGUUCUGUCAUAAUUGCUCA